AUGCAGGACUCAGCAGCAGCCCUUGCCAUGGAGGGCUACACCAGCAACGUGCCGGCCUUUCUUACCAAGCUGUGGACUCUGGUUGAAGAUCCUGAGACGAACCACCUUAUCUGCUGGAAUACGAAUGGCACCAGCUUCCAUGUUUUCGAUCAGAGUCAGUUUGCAAAGGAAGUCCUGCCCAAAUAUUUCAAGCACAAUAACAUGGCCAGUUUCGUCCGGCAGCUGAACAUGUAUGGGUUUAGGAAAGUGGUGAAUAUUGAGCAAGGUGGACUUGUGAAACCUGAGCGUGAUGAUACCGAAUUCCAGCAUCUUUAUUUCCUGCAAGGCCACGAGCACCUUUUGGAACUGAUCAAAAGGAAGGUGUCUGUUGUGAAAAGUGAAGAAACCAAGAUGCGCCAGGAAGACCUUAGCAGACUAUUGUAUGAGAUCCAAGUCCUCAGGAACCAGCAAGAGAUAAUGGAGUGUCAAGUGCAGGAUGUGAAACAACAGAACGAGGUUAUGUGGAAGGAAGUUCUGUGUCUCAGGCAGAAUCAUUUGCAGCAUCAGAAAGUGAUCAAUAAGCUGAUUCAGUUUCUAUUUGGCCAGCUCCAGUCAAGUCCCAGCAGUCCUGGGAUAAAGAGAAAACGACCUCUCAUGUUGGACGAUGGGAACUCUGCCCCGCAGGUGGCAAAAUUCAGGAGGCCUCUGCCGCUGGAUCCCUUUCACGAGCCUUGCUUCAUUCAGCCGCCAUCUGCAGAACCUGCCUCGUGUCUGAACAGCCCUGUUCCGAGGGGGCUGAUCAUUUCUGAUGUUUCUGAAGCCGCACAGACCAGUCCUGUGGCGUUAGAGCUGCCCCCUGAUAGCGAGAGAGCAGUCCUUCCUGAUCUGUGGGAAGGUGCUGAUUUGAAUUUGGAAGGCUUUCAGAUCUUUCUAAGAAACCAACAGUACAAUCUGGAAGCUACUAGAUCUUUGGAGGCCUUUAACCCCAUGAUACCUUCAAGUGAGUGGACUUUGAAUGAUGUGGAGGCUGAUUUGCCUGUGGCUGCAGAUGGCCAGUGUGGAACAACCGGAGAAGAAAACAAAUAGGAAGUCCUCCUGAGAACCAGAAC